AUCAGACUGCGAUCAGGAGACAUGGAACUGUGGAAAGGAAACUCUUCCAAACUCCGUCCAACAUGAGAAUAGAAAGUUUUCCCACUAAAGAUGCAAAACGAAGGCUCGAUUUACUUUGAAGCAGUGAGGAGCCGGAAGUUUCAUGAAGUUAUCGUCGCUCUUUUGAUGCCCAGCGCAGAGUGCCACACCUUCGCUUAGCGCAACAGAUACAGCUGGACAAAUGGGGUGCCGCUGCUGUCGGAUGAUAAAAAGCUACAUCUACGACCCCUCUGUGACCGAUGUGAGUAAGACGGAUUCUGUGGACAACGCCGUCUACCAGGCUCACCACCUCUCCGGUGGGCCCCCGGGCAGACACUCCUCUGGAGGCCCCAACAAGCAGAAGCAGGGCUUCCACAAUUUAGGCUACAGUAAGUCCAGUGAGAGCAACCUCAAGUUCGAGGUCGAGAAGAACCAGGUGAACCACAGGCUACAUGCUGCACCUCCACCCACCCGGGAGCUGCACCACCACAGCAGUGCGCCCUCGCCUGAGGGAGGCCUCUACAUCAUCCAGCCUGAUUCUCUGGGGCCACAAUGGGUGAUGCACAAUAGGGGACCCAGCCAGGUGCCGGUUUACCCCACGGUUCAGGAGUAUGAGACGCGGAGGAGCUACACACCUCCGCAUCUCACCGCAGGGAAAGGGUGGGAAAGCCCCAUCAGGGAGACUGCCAACGAGAGUCUCUCUGCAGACGAGGUGGACGAGGGUGUGGGGGGGACGCCGGAGUACCCCUGCGACACAGGGGAUGAGGGCAGCAUCCUCUCUGUAGACAUCCACACCAGCACCACCAGCUUGUCGUCCGCCGGCACCAGAGAUGACCACAGACUGCCAAAAAACCCCGACCACGGCACGCUGGAGAGUGGGAUCUGCGUAACCAAGAGCGAGGAUGAAGAUGAGAUGAAGAUGGAGGAAGAGGAGGUGGAGAGCAUCACUGAAUCCAUGGUGGCCGAGGCUCUAGCAGCUUUGGAGGCUGCCACUGCCGGGGAGGACCUAGAGUGACGCUACUCUCUGGUCCACAAUGACUCCCUGCCUCUGAAACUGUUUACAGGCAAGCGUGCAUGUGUUUUUGGUUUUGAAUGCCCAAGAGGAUGUGUGACGCCUUUCCGAAUUCUGAAGGAAACCGUGCAUGAAGAACGCCAGUUGAAGAAGUUUUGCGAGGAGUGAAGUGUAGCUGUGCAACACUGGCGAUGAACUACUCCCACUGGACUGGUUAAUGGUCUGCGACUAAAGCCAGAAACUCAUGGUGGGACACUCCAACCAGGAACAUUUAACCAGCUGGUCAAUGGGUCUUUGAAGAAACCAGUGACCGUCCUCUUCACUACCCUCACGUCAUCUAUGCGCUAACACGACACACCUGCCAUCACUGUCUCUCCUGCUGAAGAGAAUCUUUUUUUAACGCUGCAUUUGUCUGCUGUUAUUUAUAUCGUCUUCACGCUUGUCUUUUACCCUAAACUCAUAACCAGAGGUGUAUUUUUCUUUCACUGGAAAACUGUGUAAUGGAGCCAAAUGUCUUUUUUAAUUACCUUGAUUUUUGAACAUUUGUUUACACAUGUCCUUCCUCCUCAGUACCCCAGCAAAUGUUAUGCUAAGCAGUGAUUGCGAUACAUUUUUAAAAAAUAUGUAUUUUUAUUCCUCAUUUAUUCUACUCAGUCUGCUAUUUUCAACUCACUCUCCCGGAAUAUAUCGGACCGGUGUUCCGUUCUGGCCGGUGACACUAGUUCACGGCCGGGACUAGUCGAGGUUGGACGAAUCCAGAUCAAAGCUUUUUGUUGAGCUGUGCUAAAAUAAGCCACUCCAAAUGUGUUUUUCAAAAUCCUCUUUUUCUGCCAAAUCACACCUUUGCUAUUGUUUCUAAUGUAAAGGAAAAGUACAGUAAAGUGACCUUGAACUGUGA